AUGCUGUCAACCUUUUCGACCAUCGCCCGAAUCGCCCAACCGCUCGCACGAUGUGCUCCACCCGUCUCUCUCUUCUCGACUUCGACGACGGCGGGCAAGGCGGGCAGCGGUGUGCAGGGAGCUGGAAAGAGCGAUAGAGGUGUUCCGCGUCGUCCUCCUCAUCCUCACAAGCGACGAGGGGCCCUCGUCAAGUUCGGUCACGCCGGCGACGUCCAGGGCCAGAAGACGCUGUACCGGACGCGGACACGAUGGCUCGUCAACGCCAUCGUCAACGGCUUGGAAGUUGAGCGAGAUCGCCUGCUCGUCAUCCUCCGCAAACGCAAGAUUCCCUCGUCGACCUUUGCCGCCUGGCUUGAAAUCGUCAGCCGAUGCGACCCCGUCUUCGCCCUUACGAAACUUGAUCUCUUGCCGAGUGCGAAGCCGGACACGCUUAUCGGCUCGGACACGACGGAAGGACCCAUCGAAUGCCCCAACUGGCUCUACCUUACCAUCCCCAGCUUCGUCACCGACCUCUCGCACGUACCCUACCUCGUCGCACAGAUCGGCUCGCGUCGCUUCAACGCCAUGGACGAGCAGAAUCGGAGCCUUUUCCUCUCUCGCUGCAUCCAGGUGUGCCUCGAACUCAAGCAUUUCGUUGCGCUUCGCGAGACCGUCGAGUGGAUCGCCUAUACGCCUGCGGACAGUCCGUCGACGAUUCGUCAUACCGACUCCUUCGAGCAGAUCUUCGACGCCCUCGCGACAGGUCACGGGCCCUACCACGUCGCGGAGGGAGACCUCUCCCUCGUCCUCCGGCCGCUCGUCGCCCUCCUUCGUUCGACCAUGCUCGCACGCGGCAUUCAGUCGACUCGCCAGAUCUACAACAGUCUCUGGAGCGCCCGUCUCGCCCCGUCGAACCCGGACGACAUCAUCGGCCUGCUGAGCGAGAUGACCGACGCCGGUAUCGCUCCCUCACAAGCCAUCCUGCACCGCGUCAUGCAGACGUGCAUCCAAGUCGGCGAGGGCGAGAUGGCAGAGACGGUUAUGCUCGAGCUGGUGAGCCAGAAGAAGCUCUCGGGGAAGAAGCUGAGGCAACUCCUCGGCCGCCCGUCUUUCAAGCGUACUCUGCUCGACGACGACGCGUCGCUGAAGUCGGCCGCGGCGAGCGAACAUGUCAAGGACUUCGCCGAGAUCAAGGGCGCGCUCGAGGUGUUGCUGCGCGAGGAGGGCGAAGCCGCAGAAGACGACAAGGCAGACGAAGGGGGUCAGAAGGCGAGUGAUCGGAGGGAUGGAGUCGCCAGUCGGGCGAGCGCAGUACGUGGCGAGGAUGGCGAAGACUUGCCGGCUGCCCCUAGUCCGGCGGAGGACGUUCGACAAUCGAAAGACCGACCUUUCGACGCCUCGAACCCAGCCGACUCCCCUUCUCCGUCCCCGCCUCGUGUCGCUGAGCCAGCGGCCUCGACAUCGGCGCCUUCUCAGCCAAGGUCAGGCGUGGCGAUCCCUCGCGACGAGCGAGACGAGGCAGCGACAAGCUUCUUGCGACAAUCCCCUCUCACCUUCCAGUAUCUGCGCGUUCUGCGCGACUAUAUCGCCAACGGCGACGGCACCUUCCCGCGCCCGCCUCUUCCCUUCUUCGACCGCGUGUCGUGGCUCGUGUUCUUCUCGACCGUCGCGGAACGACCCGACGUCAACCCGGAUCUACUCGUCGCCAUCCUUGAGCGCAUGCACCUCGACUCGGCUGGUCCGUCCCGGAAGGGCGUCUACAAACCGCCUCGACCGACGCCCGGCAUGUACGCGAUCAUCUUGCAGGCGUACAGACGUCACGGUCGGCCGCAGGACGCUGUGCAGGUCUUUGCGUUGCUGGAGAAAGGCGUCUUGAAGGACAGUAAUUGGCGCAGCAAUCCGGCUCUUCUCGAUGCACUCGUCCGAGCCUACUGCGCCUUUCGACGGGACGAUCUCGCGCUGCGACUGCUCGACCGGUACACCCUCGAGAAUGAGCCACAGCCUCGUCGACGCGCCCCGCGCAAAGACGAAGUCCUGAAGGCCAAGAGCGACGAUGGCAGAUUGCGGACUGCCACGCUCAACGCCGUUCUCUACUCCCUCAGCCGUCAAGGUCGCUUCGCCAGAGCCUACGCCUUCUACACCCAGUACGACUCGAAGUACGGCGUGAGGCGCGACGUGGCAACCCUCAGCAUCAUGCUCGACGCCGCCCGUUUGGCCAGUGCGCACGCCGGCGGGGGCUGGCGUUCGCCCUUGGACGCUGUCUACGGCGCCGACGUAGGGCAGAGCCCUCUACACGGCGGUCCAGGGGGUUGGCAGCGUGGCAGCAAGACGGGGGACAUCGACGACAAGUGGGGCGGUGUCGUUGCCUGGCGACGCUUCGAGAAGCUGGUCUUCGAGGACGUCAUCGAGGCCAACUGGCAGGAUGCAAAGAUUCGCUCGCCCCUCGAGAAGGAGCGCGGCGUCCUACAGUGGCUCGAGAAGACGCUGCGUCCGUCGCAGGAUGAAGGAGCUGUCCCGUCCGACAAGCCCAAUGCUCCGCCUCGGGAUUGGCGUCCUUUCGCCGUCACGCUCUCGCCGACACCACCGCAGUACCCGUACCUCUACCCGAACGACAUCGUCUUCCGCGCCCUCAUCCAGCUCGUCGGCGCGCACGCUCACAUCUCGGACAUCCCGACUAUUGUCGCCUGGAUGCGACACCUCGGCGUCGUACCGUCUCGCCUCACGCUCGGCCUCGCCAUGGCUCACGUUGAUGGGGACGCGUCGAUUGCGCCCAGCAAGGUGGCAGAUUGGAGAAGGUGGCUCGUCGACUGGCUCGGCGAGGAACAGGUGCCGUCAGACCGCGAGAUCGCCUGGCUGAGGCGAGGCGGAGGACGUGCGGGACAUCCGACGGUUGUGGGUUGA